UUGUCAACUGACGAUACGUCCGUUGACAUAACAUAAAGUCGGUAAACAGCGUAAUUACUUGUUUUGGUUUAUCAUGCGUCAUUAGCAUUCAUCAAAAUAAUAUUAAAUUAGAAUAUUUUGACAUACCUUAUUGAAGAGCGUAAAUUUAGAAAUUUAGUAGUUUAGACACUAAGAACGAAGAAGACUACCAAAAAUGAAUUAGACCCCCUCGUUACCCCCUAGCGUCACUUUACCACCCCCAUACACCUCUUUAUGGGGGUUGAAGUGUCAAUUUUCGUACGAAGCGUUCUAACGUUGAAGCGAAACAGCUGGUUUCCUUAGUAGUCUUGAAUUUUGCAAUAGGUUUCAAAAUCAAAGUGCAGCGAAUUCCGAUAACAGAGUGAUAUGAACGAGUGAGUGAGUGUUUUUUUAGCCGUACUGUCACUUUAAAUAGAUCGAACCACCACUAUUUCCACCUCCGAAAGCAGUCUUCGACCCCACCACCAGAGGUCCUUGACGUCUGAAGAAACUGUAUGUGUCGGCAUCGCACCAGCGUGAAUAAAAUUACCAUUUAUCAUCUAGAAAACAUACAGUCGGCCAGAAUGGGAAAAUGUGACUGGAAAAAGUGGAGAAGGAGAUAAAGGAAACUUAGGCAGGUGUAAGAAGUUCUCGGGCCAUCGAAACUUCGGAUCAGACUACAAGGGGAGAUUUAUUAAAACGUAUUAGAGUUUUAGUUCUCGAGUUGCCAGACGCCCUCGAGUUGAGAAUCGGUAUAGUCGAAAGGAAUAGCGUCUUAGUGGGUCCCAAUAAGUACUUUCUGCCGGGGAUAUACAAAAAAUGCUACUCGGAUAUAUACAGUUUCAAGGCCAGACCCGAUGACAUCUUAUUGAUUGGAUUUCCCAGAUCUGGCACUACUAUGCACUGCGAAAUGGUGUGGCAGAUUGAGAAUGAUCUGGACUUUAAAACCGUCGAAAACGUCAUACUUAUCCACAGGUUUCCGAUAAUAGACCUGUGCCUCUCCAUGGGUGACCUUAGCCUCAUGGGCGUUGUAGCAGAUACCCUCACGCUACCAAAUGACAUUAGAGACAUAGCAACUCGAUAUAGCACCCUGACAAUUGACAAUCUAGCCAAAAGCGAAGGAAGGCGUUUCAUUAGGUCCCACCUACCUAUCAGUCUAUUGUCUCCUAGUUUCUUCCAAUCGGGAUGUAAGGUGAUAUACUGCGCCAGGAACCCCAAGGAUUUAGUUGUGUCGUACUAUCACAUUUUACAGUUCUUCAAGCCCAAAGAAUCGGAAUCAGUCUCUUUCAAAGCGUUCUGGAAUGCCUUCAGGAGCAACUGGACUAUAUACUCCCCUUAUUUUGAACAUUUGAAAGAGGCUUGGAAGAAGAGGAAUGAGAAGAACUUCAUGUUCUUGUUUUAUGAAGACACAAUGAAGGACCUAAAGCAAGGAAUAGUGAAUAUGGCGGAGUUCUUGGGAAAAGAACUGACAAAUGAUCAACAAGAAAGACUGGUUGAUUACUUGAAUAUAGACAGGUUUAAGAAAAACAAGUCCGUCAACUGCCAACACUUGUGCGACUUAGGUGUUGCCAGCACUAAAAACGAAUUUAUUAGGGAAGGUGGAUCCGGAGGAUGGAGGAAAUAUUUCUUUGGGGAUUUAGAAGUGGAAGUUGAGGAGUGGAUAAGCGAAAAUCUGAAGAAUACAGAUCUUGUGUUUCCCAAAGAUUGAAAAAUGUUUUAUUAAAAAAAUACAUGAUUUGAUUAAUACCUACCUAGCUAAAGGACUCGGAGGGGGAUAUAUUAUGGUGACAUUGCCUAUGACCUUGAAAGUAAUUUUCAAGGUCAACUUUGUUUUUUUUUAAAAAGGGACCCCUAUUUAAUGAUCUCGGAUUCGGAAAGGGCGGGAAAUUCUACGUUCAGAUGAUGUAUCAUAUGUGGGGUCGAGACCCAAGGUCAUGUAAAGGUCAAUUUUAUUUUUCCUCAAUCUUUGCACCCAAAUGUCCCACCAAAGGUAAGUUUAGUAAAAAUAUUUUUCUAAUAAAAGUUGCUCGAUUCCGAGGAGGUUGUAUGAUGCCCUUGGGCGUGAUUUUCAAUGUCAUUUCAAGGUUAACUUUAGGUUUUAACGGGAAACACUUAGUUUUGACCUUGGAUUCGAGUAAAGCGGAAAAUUCUACAUUUAAUAACACUUAUUAUGGUAAUACAAAUGUUUGCUAAAUGUACGAAAUUGCAAAUAACAAAUUCAAACAUCGGUUUUAGGAAACUAAAUUUAUAUUACAAUUAAUACAUAUUAAUUACAAAUAAAAUUGAUCUUUACAUGACCUUGGGUGGUCAACCGACCCACAUAUGAUACAUCACCUGAACGUAGAAUUUCCCGCCCUAUCCAAAUCCGGAGUACAGAAAUAGGGGUUCCUAUUUAAAAAAACGAAGAUGACCUUGAAUGACUAUGAAAAUUACCUUCAAGGUCAUAGGCAAUGUCACCUUAAUAUGUCCCCCUCCGAGUCCAGUAGGUAACUAUUGUCUGAAACAUUUUUCGCUAAACUUUACCUGGGCAGCGAUAUCCGGGUGGAGGAAUUAAAAUGGCCUACUCUGUACAUAUAUUUUUUUUUGAGAACACACUGUAUGUGUAUUUUAUUAUGUAAAUAAUUGCAAUAAAAAUA